UCUAAAGUAGGCAGAGCAGACGUCCUGCGGCUACAUGAGAAGCCUAGCCAGCACCGAAUAACACUUUUGCACGACACACUACACUCCAAGGGACAUAAUGCGAGAAAUCGUCCACCUUCAAGCUGGCCAGUGCGGCAAUCAAAUUGGAACCAAGUUCUGGGAGGUGAUCAGUGAUGAGCAUGGCAUCGACCCUACUGGGAACUAUGUGGGAGAUUCAGAUUUGCAGCUGGAGAGAAUCAACGUCUACUAUAACGAGGCUCAUACCAACAAGUAUGUUCCGAGAGCUAUCAUGGUGGAUUUGGAACCUGGUACCAUGGACAGUGUCCGCAGUGGCCCCUUUGGACAACUUUUCAGACCUGAUAACUUCAUUUUUGGUCAAAGUGGGGCUGGGAACAAUUGGGCCAAAGGUCACUACACAGAGGGAGCUGAGCUGGUGGACUCAGUACUGGACAUGGUGAGGAAGGAGUGUGAGAACUGCGACUGCCUGCAGGGCUUCCAGCUCACCCACUCUUUGGGCGGGGGAACAGGCUCGGGCAUGGGCACACUGCUCAUCAGUAAGGUCCGGGAGGAGUACCCUGACCGCAUCAUGAACACCUUCAGUGUGGUGCCCUCGCCCAAAGUAUCGGACACUGUUGUGGAACCCUACAAUGCUACACUCUCCAUUCACCAGCUGGUGGAGAACACGGAUGAGACCUACUGCAUCGACAACGAGGCGCUGUAUGAUAUCUGCUUCCGCACACUUAAGCUGCCCACGCCCACCUAUGGUGACCUCAACCACCUUGUCUCCUGCACCAUGAGUGGAGUCACCACCUCCUUUCGCUUCCCCGGCCAGCUCAAUGCCGAUCUUCGUAAACUGGCAGUUAACAUGGUACCAUUCCCCCGCCUGCAUUUCUUUAUGCCAGGCUUUGCCCCUCUGACAGCUAGGGGGAACGUGCAGUACAGUGCUCUUACUGUGCCCGAGCUCACCCAGCAGAUGUUUGAUGCCAAAAACAUGAUGGCAGCCUGUGACCCACGCCAUGGCCGCUACCUUACCGUGGCAACUAUUUUCCGCGGUCGCAUGUCAAUGAAGGAGGUGGACGAGCAGAUGAUGGCUAUCCAGAGAAAGAACAGCAGCUACUUUGUGGAAUGGAUCCCAAACAAUGUGAAAGUGGCUGUGUGUGACAUCCCGCCGAGAGGCCUCAAGAUGUCGUCUACAUUCAUCGGCAACAGCACAGCCAUCCAGGAGCUCUUCAAACGCAUCUCGGAGCAGUUCUCUGCCAUGUUCCGCCGCAAGGCCUUCCUGCACUGGUACACGGGCGAGGGCAUGGAUGAGAUGGAGUUUACAGAAGCCGAGAGCAACAUGAAUGACCUGGUGUCCGAGUACCAGCAGUACCAGGACGCCACUGCAGAUGAGGAGGGCGAGCUGUAUGAAGACGAGGAGCAAGAGUCAGAGAUCCAGGAUUAAGAGUGGCCCUUCCAGAUGUGGGCAACAGCUGUGUACGACAGUCAUCAGAAAACCAUGGUGUCUUUUAGGACCAAAAAUAUACCUCCCUGCCUUAUCCCUUCUGUAUAUCUUUUUCCUGCUUCAUACAGUCAUUUAGCUCUCUGUGAUAAAGUUAAGUGGCAGCUCCGCCAGUAAUCACUGACUGUAUUCCAAACAGCUCAUAUUGACAUGUUGAAAGUACUGACUGAUCAAACUGAAAUAAAACAUCUUUGAAAAACA